GAAUAAAUAUAUUCAUGGUUACUACCAACCAAUCAACAACAACAAAUAAUAAUAUUAGCUUCUGCUUAACUAAUAGUGAUUUUUCCCCUUCCUCUUCAUUUAAUUUUCCAUCAAAAACAGAAAAAGAGCCAUUAGUUUAUAAUCAAAUGAAUAAUUUGCGUCAAAAACGCCGUGAACGAUUUUAUGAAAAUACGUGAUAUUCGAAAUAGAUGUAUUUCUUCUACA